AUGGAAAAUAAUAUCCGUCAAAUAUCAAGUCAACAACAGAGGUCAAGAAGGGCCGAAAAUGAAAGGAAGAGGAGACAAAAUAUGAGCAACGAGCAGAGAGAAAACAAUUUGUCAAGACGACGUGAAAAUUAUAGGCGGCGAAAAGAGCAAGAGAAACAAGCUCAAACAUCUCGCCAUAUAAACAGUCAGUCGAGAGUUCCAUUUCAAAAUUUUACAAAUAUGACUUUUCCAAGAUCACACUUUCAAGGAACUCAUGACAGUGAAGCCGGUCCAAGUAGAAUUACACAUGUUAAUGAUGUUGCACUUGAUCGUAAUUGUACAUCGCCUAAUCAACAAAACAUCACGAGUCAAUCCGAUACAGAUGAUAUGAAUGUUGAUGAAGCUUUAGAGGAUGCAGUAAUAUCAUAUGUUAACAUGGAUGCCAGAGAAAAUGGUGCAUUAUCACGUCGUCCUCAAGAAUCAGGACAUGCUUUUCGAGCAAAGCACAAUAUUGCUCGAAAUUUCAAAAAUAAUAUGAUGAUGGCAAAAGCCCGGUUGCCUCAUCCAUUUACCUGUAGACACUGCAAUGCAAGAUUGUUUCAUCAUGAAUCACGUGAUACGUGUUGUAAUGGUGGAAAGGUAUCAUUCUCACGCGUUGAUGCUCCUAUACUAUUGCAACAAUUAUUUUUGGAUGGUUCAGCUGAAGGAAAACAUUUUAGGCAACAUAUUCGAAGUUAUAACCAUGUGGUUUCAUUCACUUCAAUUGGUGUUCAUGUUGAUGAGAAUAUUCUUGCAUCUGGUCGUGGUAUAUACACAUUUCGUGCUCAAGGUUCUUUUUACCAUAACAUAGGAGGUUUCUAUCCAAAUGAGGGUGUCAGACCGCGUUUCUUACAACUAUACAUCUACGACACCGAUAACGAGCUACAUAAUAGAAUGCAGGAAAAUCCACAACUGCACCAAAAUGUAGUUCACAAAUUACAGAAAAUGCUCCAUCAGUUUAAUCCUUUUGUAAUUAGGUUCAAGCAACUUUCAAUACUUCUAAAUAUCAGUGAAUGUAGCCUCAUACUUAAAGAGCGUCCACGUAAUCACCAUCAAUACAAUCUUCCAACUGCUGAACAAGUUGCGGCAAUUAUUGUUGGAUGUGAUGCAGAUUCUAUGGAUUAUGGAAGGGAUAUUAAUGUCAUUCGUUGUGAUGGAAAUCUCAAGAAAGUUCAAGAGACAAAGGGAUAUUAUGAUCCUUUGCAAUACCCUGUAUUGUUUCCAUUUGGGACGCAUGGUUGGGACAUCAACACAACAAAUUGCAAUGGACGAAAAGUGUCAUGUCGAGCAUAUUACAGUUACAUGCUUCAGAUUCGCCCAAAUGAUCAAUCAAUGUUGUUAAAUGCGGGUCGACUGUUGCAACAAUAUGUUGUAGACAAUUAUGUCAAAAUUGAAUCAGGGAGAUUAAGGUGGAUUAAAGAGCACCAAAGUGAUAUACGUUCUGAAUUGUACCAAGGUUUACAUGAUGCUUUGCAUGUUGGUGAAACUAAUGCAGGUACAAAUUCAUAUAGCAUAAAUAUACAGUUUUGGAUUAAUAAUUAG